AUGCAAUACAAAUUCUUAUCUACUGCCUUAAUUGCUUCAUCUGUUGCUUUUGCUGCUACUAACACUGUUACUCAAGAUCACACUACUUUAGCUACCUUGACUUCUUGUACUCACGAUACCGCAGAAUCUGCUACUACCCCAUCUUCUCAAACUGUUGUUACCACCACUGUUAACGGUGUUGAAACUGCUUACACUACUGUUUCCCCAGCUUCCUCUGCUCCAGCCCCAGCUGCUCCAGCUUCUUCUGCUCCAGCUGCUCCAGCUCCAUCUCAAGCUGCUGCUUCUUCCCCAGCCGGUGAAUCUGACUCUUACGUUGAUGUCACUACUACCCCAGUUGAAACUGCUUCUACCGGUGUUGAAGCUACUGAAACCAGUCAAGACACUUUAUACUCUACUGCUCCACAAGGUUCUGAAUCUACUUCUGCUGGUAACUCUUCAUUAGCUCCACAAGCUUCUACUUACGAAGCUGCUGCUAACGGUCAAAACGUCAUGGUUGGUUUCGCUGGUUUAGCUGGUAUCGCUGCCGUCUUAUUGUAAUGAAAUGAUGAUCCUUAUAUCUAUUUCAUUUAAUGACAUCCUAUUUAUGUUUUGUACAGUUUUAUUUUCUUCUCAUAGACAACUAGUUGGGAUUUUCAACCUGCCUCCUAUUUUCAGCUUGAGGUUUGGAUAAAGGAGUAUAUGUUUUAUUAUACCUGGUG